AUGCUUCAGUUUGCGACUGAGCAGCUUUUCGUCGACCCAAAGAUUCUGGAAGUGAGGGCCAUCUCAGCAUACUUGUUGCCUGCUUUCGAUGCCGAAAGAGAGAGCAAACAGUACGUGCUGCUGUUGGACAAAGAUCCGUCUCUCCACGUGAAGACCCGGGCGGCACAAACCUCGAGUAUCGAGAUCUGUUGCGAGACGGAUUCAGACGACUCAAAGAACUGCACGGCUCACCCCCUUGAGCAUUCAUUGAUUGAAUUCGACGAGAAGCCUGCCAUCCUCAAGAUUCCGGUCGUGGCAUCCACAAGGUGCAGUCUCACUGCUCGAGGCUUGAGCAAGAAGUCAUCGAAAACGCUGGAUUUGAUGGUGGCGGUGAAGGACAGCAGCCAUUUUUGCGAUUGUCAAAACAAUACCUGCAGCUGUUGCAAUGGUUACGAGGGCGGACUUGAUGCUCAAGGAGGGGAGGUACAGAACAUGUUGGCGAAAGACUUCUGCACCCCGGUGCCAUGUGCCAUUGAGAAUUCGAACCGGGAGCCGGGUCCGCUGUGUUACUGCAGCAGUGGCUAUGUCGGAGACAUCGUCUGGCACGGUGCCAAUGUCAGUGGAACUUGCACCCCUGCUCCAUGCUAUAUUGAAAAUUCGACCAGGAAGCCGGGGCUCGAGUGCCGGUGCAGAGAUGGUUUCGCUGGCGAAGUUCAUUGGAACGGAUCUGAAGCAGAUGGCGAGUGUUUGCCUGCCACCUGCAGCAUUGAAUAUUCCGAUGGCAUGGGGACGGAUUGCAAGUGCAUGGAUGGCUAUGCCGGCAACAUAAGCUGGCAUCGUUCGCAACCUGAUGGAAAAUGUGUACCUGCAGCAGGCUGUGAAGACAGUAUUGAGAACAGCGUUGGUGAGGGAUUGCAAUGCAAGUGCAAGAAUGGCUUUACCGGCAGCAUUCGAUGGCACGGCUCGGUGCCGCAAGGAAGCUGUCAAGCAGCAGAGUGCCGCGUAUUGAACUCGAACAUGCAACCAGGCCUGGGCUGCAGAUGCAAGGAUGGCUACAAGGGUGACAUAAAGUGGGAUGAAGACCGUUCGAGCGGCCCUUGUACACCGGCAUCCUGCAGAAUCUCGAACUCCAACCAACUGCCAGGCCAACAGUGUGCCUGCUCAGAAGGGUAUGUCGGCGAGAUCACUUGGAAAAACCAAACACCACAGGGUCAGUGUAAGCCGGCAUCAUGUGCAAACAUUCCGAGCACAGCUGGUAGCGGGACGCAGUGUAGGUGCAGAGAUGGCUUUGAAGGGACCGUGACUUGGUCGGGUGCCAAUGCGUCGGGAGAAUGCAAGCCUGCAGCCUGCAGAGUUCUCAACUCGAACAGGAAGGCCGGGCCCGCGUGCAAGUGUCUCGAGGGGUUCGAGGGCGGCGUUCAGUGGCAAGGAUCAAAGUCAUAUGGCUCCUGCAACGCCAUGGAGUGCACGGGGCCACAUUCCAAUAUGAAGGCGGGUCCCGACUGUGGGUGCGAAGAUGGUUUCUAUAUCAAUGGGCCCAAGGAUAUAAUCGAUCUAUGGCAGGAAAUCGACGAGGGCAUUCUGGUUGAAGUUAAAGCCUUUGAGGUCAUUUGUCUGCCUGCUCCGUGCAACAUAGAGCAUUCAAACGGGAAGCCAGGCCUAGACUGCGCUUGCCAGGAUGGGUACCAGGGAUAUGUCAACUGGAAUGGUCCAGUUCCCAGCGGUACUUGCGUGGCAUCCACAUGCAGGAUUGUAAACUCGAAUAGAAAGGCAGGAUUAGAGUGCAAGUGCUCAGACGGUUUUUCUGGCCAAAUCACAUGGAAGGCCCAAUGGGACAGCGGCACAUGCGUGCCGGCCCAAUGCACCGUUCCCAAUUCCAAUCGCAAGCCGGGGCAGGACUGCAAGUGUCUGGACGGCUUUGUUGGAGAGAUUGUGUGGAAAGACGACGUACCCCAUGGGAGCUGCACGCCUGCUCCCUGCAACAUUCGGAACUCCAACCUCGAGCCUGGGCCGUUCUGUCGCUGCACGGAUGGGUUCCAAGGCGACAUCACUUGGGAUGGUCCAUCAGAGAAAGGGGCCUGUGAGCCCGUGCCAUGCCGUGUUCUCCACUCUGAUCUCGCACCGGGUCCUGCAUGUCGGUGUUUACGUGGCUUUUUUGGUCACAUCGUAAGUAGCGGUCCUACAGUAUUUGGAACGUGUUCGCCCCGACCGCUGUGUCGGCCUGGAGAAGCCUUCCAUGUGACCCGACUGACUAGAGGUCUGGUCGACGCCGGCAACAAUACCUGCAGUUCAGGUCAGGAAAUGCUUGUCCAUGGCCACGCAGAACGGGUACGCAAUAAAUACACCAAGUUUCGAUUGAAAUGGACUUCUGCGGAUGCUUUGCCGCCGGGCAAGUGCAGCAUCGAAUGGCCUGAAGCGCGAAAUGGAGUGGAUUUCGUCAAUCCCGAUCCAGAACACUUCACGCUUACAAGCUGGUGUGCAGCAACGCCCGGGCAGCCACUUUGCUCUUCGCAGAUCGUGUAUACGGUCACCACUCGCAAUACAUCUCAUUACGCCUGCGAUGCAUGCAAGACAUCGGAGCAUUCCCUGACAGAGUUUAGGGGCAGCCGCUGUGGAUAUGAUCUCAUCAAAUGGGAGUCGCUGACCAUCUCGCCUGCAUCUCCUGACGCAUGCGCAUGCAAUCUGUCUUUGAGCUGCAGCGAAAUUCCUUCGGAAGAACUCCCCAGAUCUUGCAUCUACUUCGCGGAGCCUGCUGUUCUCAGCCUUGAUUCCAGUCACAAGAAUUUGGUUUUCUACGACACCGGAGAGCUCCUUUUGACCUCCAGUGCUGAUAACUUUGACAAGGCUGAUGAAUACGGUGCCACGUCCGCGGAUACGGAUCGUACAUGGCUCUCCGACGGGAAGAAUGUUGUAACAGCGCGGUCUGGCAACGCCAGGUUCUGGCUUGGGCGCGAAGCUGGCUUGCACUUCGUGGACACUGCCUCACACUCACACUUGCGGGCUCGUAUGGUUCUUCCAGAGUGGUGGAAGGUGAAGUUCCAGCAGGAAGCUGCUCUGCCGGGCAGCUUCAACACCGACAGAUUGGCGGGCUGCGAAUUUGUUUUCACAUCGGGCAACUUUUGCUACAGCGCUCGACUAGGAGUGAGUGUCUGGGUUGCUCCAGCACGAGGAAAUUGUCGAUUUCAGGACACCACUGAGGCAGACAGCAGCGUGGCUUACAAGUACAGGUCAUCAGCCUUUGGGCUCCAGAUUUACAGAUCUAAUGUGACGUGUUACCCGACGGCAGCCUUCGAGGAGGUUCAGGUGCAGGUGGUCGACGUCGGCAUGGUUUCGGAGGAUUUCAACUACACGGUUGCUAGCUCUCCCUGCCGAACAACGAUACGCUACAUGACAGAUGCUAGGGCAAAGCUCCCCGAAUGCCGCGGUUUUUUCGAGAAUAGGCGAAGGCGCAGCCGAAGGCGCAGCCACAGGCGCAGCCGAAGGCUGCAGGCAGCAUAG